GGGUGCCCGUCUGUCCGUUCCAUGUGAUUUUUUGACAUUCGGACUACGUCACAUCCGUAUCCGUCUUCCCGUAUACCCGUUCUUCGCGAAAAUUUGAGUAUUGAGUAACGGUGGACUCGCGAAAAAAUCCUUUAAAUUUUGUGGAAUAGUAUAUGUUUUGGGUUAAAAAGUGUUUGUUUUGCCGUUGGAUAAAAAUAUUAUUUUUUUUUGUGUAGAAGCCUGACAAUCGGAGAGCGCUGAUGCUGACACAGAACAGCAGAAAUCUAGAAAUAUUUCGGCGUUUCUGAAGGAGAGGAAAGUUUGAAAAUCAAGGAGGCAGUAAAGACCUCCUACAAUUAUUGUAGGAACGACCGACGAUACGGCCCUUAUUUAUGUGUUUGGUGAGUUUAAAGUAUACAAUCGAACGUUCUUUUCUCAAUGGAUAUUAUCUGCACCAUUUGCACAAAGGUUUUUACCCCUAGAUUAAAAGUUUAUAGUACAAAAUGUGGACAUGACUAAAGUUGAUAAAAAGAUCAAAAAUAUGUCCAUUCAUCGGAUUGUCUUCAACAUACAAAACACAAUUGGAAAUGGUGAUUUGCAGGAAUUGCUCAAUUGCUUGGAAUACCAGAUGAAUAGAAUGUUAGAUGUGGAAGUCAAACUUGAAGAAAAAAGUUCACUCAAAAAGCAAAAUGAUCUUGGGAAUUGAAUGAUAGAUCUAGAUCUGAAGUAUCAGAAUCACCUACAUCUGAUGGAAUCAGAGGUCGAAUCACCAGAUCUGCAAUUAAAAUCAAAUGUGGGCCUGGUCGAUUUUUGAAUGCAAAAUAUAUUUCCUCCAGACAUCUUCCUAAGGAAAGUAUCUACUAAGGGAAAUCAUUCAAAAUAGUAGUUACUGUUUUUACCCCAUUUUGUAUAUAUCUUAUUUUUUGACAUAAUAAAUAUUUGUUGUUUCAGCGUUUUUAAA